AUGAAAGUACAUUCAAUUAGAGAAAUUACUAUUUAAUUGGAUUAAUAUUAUUAAGAUGAUUUAGAUAGAUUUAAAAAAAUAAAUAUUUAGAAAGUAUACAAUGAUGAAUUGUUAUAAAGGGAGGGAAAAUUGUUGAAAGAAUGGAAUAAAUAUAAAUAAAAAAAUCAAAAUAAUAUUGCUAGUAUUAUAAUUUAAUCAGAAACUCUUAAGAUUUGUUUAUGUGAAUUUUUAAAAAAAAGAUGGACUUCAAUGGAAUUUUGGAUUAAAAUUGCUUUUGAUUUAAUAAAUGAGAAAGCAUAUGGAAGAGUUAUUAAAGAUAAGCUUUUCGGAUAAUUAUAUAAGAAUUAAAAUGAUUUGAUUUCUUAAUUAAUACGUAGAUAAUGGCCAACUCGAUGGAAACAUAUUUAGGAGGAUUCUUGCUUAAAUUUAGAAAUUAUUUAACUAUAUUUAGAAUAUUUACCUAUUAGAUUAUUUUUAUAAUAAAAUAUUAAUGAAUAGACAAAUAUAAUAGUUGAUAUUAGAAGAAUGCCUUAUCUUUAAGAAAAUUAUAUUUUCAGAUUUACAAUCAAAUAAGAUUUAUUUUUUCCAAGUGUUAAAUAUAGUGGAAGUCAGAUGUUAUAAUAAUUGAUUAAUGCAGGAAACAAUUUUUGUCAAUCCUAUAUUUAAUUUAUUAAAUGCAUAACACCUUUAAUAAUUCCAAUACUUAAUCUAAUGAUUUGUAGUAAAUCUUAAGGAAGGACAAUUAAUUUAUAUGGAAUAUAAUGUAAAUUUAUAUUUGAUCUUUUGAUAUCUUUAAAAGCUAUAGGAUCAAAUAAAAUUGAAUGUACUAAAAAUUCAACAAGAUCAAUAAAAACAUAUGAUCAACAGUAGAAAUAUAAAUUAAAAAAUCAGAUGAGUGAGAUUAUUAUUACAAUUAUGGAAUAAUAGCACCUAAAUAUAGAUAUUAUUAAUGACAUUAGAAAUAACUUCUAAAAUGGAUAUGUUGCCAUCAUAGAUGAAUCACUUAAAAAAGAUGAAUGUUAAUAAAAAAGAUUGAUAAUAAUUUGUAGUCCUAAGAAAAUGAGUUUUGGUAAUAUGGAUCACAAAAUAAUUUUUUACAAAAUACCUGAUGAAGAGAUUUAAUAAAUAUUAUGGAAAUGUGACUAUGAAUUCCUUAUAUUUUAUAUGAAUAUGCUUUUUAAUUACCCUGAGUUAGAAAAUUAAAUUGAUAAUGUGAGAUAAAGAAAUGCUUAAAUAAUGAUUUGCCUGUGGAGUUAUGUAUUAGCUUAAUUUUUUUUAAAUAAUUAAGAUAUAUUAGAAGUAAAAAAUGAAAAUAUUUAACAAGAAGAUUUAUAUUAAAAUUAAAUUGAAUAGCCUCAAAUCUUACUUUCUGAUUCAGAUUAAAAAAUAUCUCAAAAAGAUAACUAAAUCACUCCAAUGAAGGUUCAAAAUAUAGAUUAAGAUUAAAUAUAAUGA